UCCGAAAAAUCUGAAAUCCAAAAUCCCGGCAUUCGAGUGCAUUUGAAAGCACGGAGAGUGUUGUUGUUGCUGUUUCGUGGUUACUGCGCUCCUUACAGUCGCCGCCAGGGUGUGACUUGGGAGUUCCGAAAACUCGCCUACUUUUGGCAUCUCCCCGAGCUCCCUCGAACUCCUUCCUCCCUCGACCCGCAGACGACGCGCGGGCAGACCACGAUUCCAACAACAAAGUCUGGUGCGUUUGCUGCCAGCUUUGGAAUCAGCUGUUCCAGUAAGUUCUUUUCCUGCAAGAAAAUAUCCAUGCAAAGCUAA